AUGGCUGCUCCGGUGGAUCAUCCGAUCAGUGAAGGUGGUACACAUGCAGAGGAGAUGCCGGCCGCACAAGAACAGAGGGAAGAACCAGCAAAUGGUUCUGAAGACGAGGAGUCAAGCAAGAAUUUAGGCCAGGAGGAGGAUUUCGGUUGCUUGCAAAAUGAGCACUUUUUCAUCUUCCCGAGAACCUCAGAGGCUGAUGGAAUACGCUUAACUCGUUUUCUCCCCUUUACUGUCUUCUUGAAUGGCGGAUGGAUGAUAAUGUCGGCCAACUCUGGCGACACUACCCACUGCUCUUUUGGAGGCACUAUAAAGGAGCUGCUGAAAGUCUCCGUUCUUGAGGCUGAAUGGUUCCAUAAAGGCUUUGUCCCGCCACUUGAGGAACGUUUGAACAGUGAGUUAGCCCCAGCUGGCAGUAUUUCCUUCUAUGCAGCAGCAUAUUUUGUUAGAAUGGGAGCUGCAGGGAUUAAAGAGUUUGAAUGGCUGAAGAGCGACCCUAAAAUUGUUAGAGUUGCAUAUAUUGUCGGCCUUCUCCAGUGUGAUAUUGUAUCUCACGAGGAUAAGCAAAAGAGGGGACAUGUUGCCUCUACCGUGGAGUGUUGCAUGAAGGAAUAUGACAUCUCGAAAGAGGAAACAGUUGAAAAGUUUAAGAGAAUUAUGAGUGAUGAAUGGAAGGAUCUGAAUGAGGAGAGCAUGAAGCCAACAACUGUGUCAUCAAAAGUCCUAAUUACUCUUGUCAAUAGUGCUUGCGUAAUAGAAAUUUUCUACAAGGAAAAAGAUGGAGUUACAUGCCCAGAGGCUUUGAAAGAUUACAUCACCAAGCUUAUCAUUCAUCCAAUUCCUAUUUAA